GAGAAGGGAGAAAAUAAAUCGCGGAAGCAGAGAGAAUCCCAACGCCUGCCCCUGUCCACCUCCCUCGGCUCCUCCCCUCGAGAAAGGAGAAAUUUCUCUCCCUGUCUUUUUGAUUCGUAAACAAACUCCAAGAGCCGUCCCCGCCUCUCCUCCCUUGUCCCCUCGAUAAACCCCCGCUCCCUCCCCAACCAAUCCAAUCCAUGGCGGCGGCGGCGUCAUCGGCGGCGGCGGGUGGGGGCGGCAGGAGCAGCAGCAGGGACAUACGGCUGACGGUGCAGGAGGCGGCGAAGAAGCUGGCGCUGUGGCACACGGCCACGUUCCGGCCCAUACUCACCCACGACGACCUCGAGCCCAUCCUCUACGCCGCGGGCUUCGUCGCGCUGCCGCUCGCCCCGCCCCCGCCGCCCCCGCCGGCGCCGGAGACGGGGACGGGGACGGAGGAUCAUCAGGAGCGGCCGGCCGUGCUGUGGAGGGAGUACGCCUUCCUCGGCGGCGGAACCGGCGGAGGCGGAGGGGGUGGGCCGCGUGGUAAUGCGGUGGUGGGCUGGACGGGCCCAAGGCCGCGGCUGCCGUACCCGCGCGUCGACGCGCUGCACAUCCGCACGUACCAGGCCUUCCUCGGCGCCGUCGAGGUCUACCUCGGCGCCGCCCGUGUGCCCAACCUCUUCCACGUCAGAUGCAUGCCAGUGACGACGAAGCAGGACCGGGUAUUUGACAAGGUCUUCAGGGCCAUGAGGAACGACCAGGAAGGCAUCAUUGUCUACCGUGAUGGCACCCUGGAUGAAACAACCUUCAACGCUGUCUGCAGCGAGCACACCGCCAUCGAGGAAGUCGGGUACCAUGUCAUCCCUGGCAACGCCUCCAGCGAGUUCGAUUAUGUCCGGCACAGCAAGAUCCACGGCAACUGCGACAAGGAGUCUUGCAAGGGCUGCCCUGGCUAUAUUGACGUCGUCCUGCUCAAGGACCUCUUCCCCAGACCCAGCAGAAACGUGUUGGUCUGAAGGUCAGAAACCUGUCGCAAUUUCCGUUAUGAUUGAUGGAAAAUAGUGAAACUCGGUUCCAAAAAGGUAGAUGCGGAGAGGUGAGCCAGCUAGUGGCUUGUUAGCGAGGCUUGAGAUGGAUGAUUCAUGGUGGCUGUUGUGUUUAUUGUGUUGGUUUAUUAUUCGUUCCUUCUCCAAGUUUUGUGUAAUCCAUCUGCUGCAUAUAUGUGUCUGCACCGUGAGGCAGUAAGUUUUGUCGACAUAAUAAGGUUUGCAGAAAAGUUUGUAGCGGAUUUGUGAACAAUAAUGCCAAGAAGAGAAAAGAGAAUGCUAGUGGUUCUGCAUGCAAUUUUCCUGUGGGUUAAUUGUCUGAUCAUUGUGGCGCAA